AUGCAAUUCAAGAUGGCAGCUCCCAUGAGCUCAAAGUGCACCAUGCUGACAACACCUAGAUAUCAUUGCCUACAGCAUAUCCUGGCUCUCAAGGAAAGGAGAAUGGCAUGUUUGAAAAAGGUCCUUUCUACUUUCCAUGAAGAGAAACAUGAAUCAAAAGAAAGCAGAACUAACUGGUCUUUGGAUACAAAGGCUACAAGUCACCGACGUCAUGCAGGGGUACGGCAGAUGAAAACCAUCAAGCUUCCUGAUGUUCUCUCAAACAAUAUUGCAUCAGUCCUAGACGGUCUGACUAUUCGUAAUCUUAUUCCUGAAGCAACCAGAUUGUCUAACUAUUUGAGCAGUCGUAAGAGACCUGUAGAAGAGUCUGAAUUAAGAGCAGCAGCUCGGCAUUUCUCUGAGGAAAUUGGACUAGAAGAUAUAGAUGCUGAUGACGUCAAGAGCCAGCUGUUUCCUCAAGAGGGAAAAAGAAAGAUACAACAUGUGAUGAAAAACCUGAGAAGAAACCUCUAUAAAUGGCAGUCAAUAGAGUAUGAUGAUGUGAAAAGCUUAGCAUAUAUGCUUGCAAGGAUGCCCCCUAACUAUGCUGUUUUGUCCAGAGUUCUAAACGAGAUCAAACGAGGUGAUCCAGGUUAUGUACCUUCAAGCAUCCUUGAUUUUGGAUCCGGGCUUGGUACUACAACAUGGGCAGCCCACAGUACAUGGGGAGAAUCUGUCAAAGAGUACUACCUGGUAGAGGUUUCCAAGGCGAUGCAUCAACUCUCAGAAAGAUUACUCCAGGUUUCAGCUGGCAAGGAGGAGCUCCUCAUUCCGAAUGUCUACUUCAGAUACUUCAUGCCAGUCUCUCUCAGGGCACGAUACAGUAUGACAGUAUCAGCAUACUCCCUGCUUGAGCUACCUUCAUUCCAAGACAGAGUCAAUACUGUACGAUCAUUAUGGAAACUGACAGAUGAUUACCUGGUCUUGAUAGAGAAUGGCAGCUAUGAAAGCUACUUGGCUCUUAUGGAGGCAAGAGAUGCUAUCCUUAUGAUGAAGAGCCAUGAUCAGACUGAGGAAGAUUCUAAUACUGAAGACUCAGAGAAUCAGUUUCAUGACAGACUCAAACCUCAGAUUGAUCAAAGAGGUGGCUAUGUAUUCGCGCCGUGUUCCCAUGAUGACCCGUGCCCUAGACUACAAGAAAGCAAUGGUGUACCAUGUAACUUUGAACAAACCUAUCAACCCUUGACUCAGUUUUCUGGUAAGAGAUCAACUGCAGCCGACACUGAGAGGUUCACAUAUCUGAUACUCAAGAAAGGGCCCAGAAUCGAUGCUCAUAAUUGGCCCAGAGUUGUCAAACCAGUGCUUAAGAAGUCUCGUCAUGUAAUAUGCCGUCUCUGCUGCAACGAUGGGAGUCUUAGGGAAGCUGUGUUCACAAAGUCUAAACAUAGCAAAGACAUGUAUCUUUGUGCCAGAUACACCAACUGGGGAGAUUUGCUACCGGCUGCAAAGAGUGAGAUCACCGAUACAGAUACAGACAGUUGAUGACUUCUCUCAAGCAUGUCAUGUGACAAGGAUGGAUGAUGCCCUUGUGCAUGAAGAUCGUGCAAGUCUCAAGACAGUGUGGUUGGACAAUGUUAAGGAUACCCUGCAUCGCGAAUGACCUAAUAACUCAGAGCUGCCAAGCAGUACUGAUUUUCUGUAUUUAGUACUGAAAGUGAGAAGAAUACUAAUGGUUUCAUGUAAAAUACAGAUUUCUAAAGUUUCAGUUGUA